AUGGAGAUCACAUUUGUUAAAAGUCACGACAAACGAGAGCAUUUUGCGUGUGCUGACGUGGUGGUGGUGGGUGGGACGGAGCGGGUGACUGGCGGCCACCAGGGAAUAGGAAUCGAGUCGGGCUGCAUUCCUCUGAGGCUCUGCGUGGUAUCCAGUUCUCGUCAUCACCAGAUGAAGAGUCAGGUCGCUAUCCGCCCGAAUGCCCACCUCGACCUCCAUCAUCGUCUCUCAGACGAAUACGGAGGCAACGUGGGCCCACUCACUGUCCGGCCUCCUCCUCUUUGUUCUCUAGUCCCUCAAGUAGUUAGGCUAACUGCUUCCAAUGAGCAUAACCUGGGUUCGAGUCCCACAUCGGGGCAACCGAGAGCAUGGUGGCACCACUUGCUCGCCGCUAAUGAAAACGCUCUCUCGCCGGCACCACUAGGCCGGGCGUUGGCGUUUCCUGUUAGCCCGUGGAAGGCACUUUUUGCCGGAGUUAAUGCCCCUCGCCUGUCACAGGUGAAUAGCGUUUGCGAUAAUUUGGAGAGAUCAGUUCUCCAGGCAGAUUCUCCCAGCCGAUCUGGUGUCGCGGUUGUGGCGCCAUCAUUCCCCUUGUUUGGACCGUGGCAGAUGGAUGCUUCAACUCUGAUCCUACGGAUGUUUCCAAAGAGAUUGUCGUCUCCGCUGAUGUCCCUUUGCCUGCAGAAGUGCGAUUAG